GGAAAGCUGCUCUUCUCUGCUGACGACCAUGAGGUGGUAGUUGGUGCAGAGAGAUUACGAGUUAUGGGAGCUGAGGGUGCAGUGUUCAGCAACUCGGUGGAGACCCCACAUGUGAGAGCUGAGCCCUUCAAAGAGUUACGGCUGGAGUCUCCUACACGUUCGCUAUACAUGGAGGCGCCUAAAGGAGUGAAAAUAGAAGCUGACGCAGGUGAUUUCCAAGCAACUUGUAGGAGCGAUUUACGCCUGGAGUCGAAAGACGGAGAGAUUAGCUUGGAUGCCAGGAAAAUCAAGCUCCUACGUCUGCCGGAGGGAAAAGCCUCCCCCUCUGGAACUAGACAGACUGUCUUUGAGAUCUCAAGUGACCCUAUGAAACACUGAAUCUUGUCUCCUAUGUAAUUACAUCUUACACUCCAAUUGGCAAUAUUUCUCUGAAAUAUGAAGGUGGGGAAAAAAAUAAAUCUAAUUCUCACUGUAAUUCAUUGCCACUUGACCACUAAAUUUGAAGCAAUGAGGAGUGACAUCUGUGAUCAUUGUUUGAAAGUUGAAGCCCCUAGCAACCGUUGACAUCCUAUUAACAUACUAAAUGCUAUAGGUAGUGAAAGGAGACAGGAACACUGGGAACUCUGUAGGGAACAACACAGCAUCACGGAAGGGCUUAAUCAUAUUCAUUCUCUUUUUAAUUUUCAAUAGAAUUUGAAAUUUUGUGUGUGAGUGUGUGUGUGUGUGUGUGUGUGUGUUUGCUAUUGCAAUGAACUCAUGCAUGAUACUAAAAGACAGAAGCCAAUGACAUACAAGACAAGCCCAGUUUUUUUUAGGUAAUAGAAAAAAACAUAUGUUUGAGUUUUCCCCUUUAUUGAAUGACUCAACUAAAAGCAGGAAUUUAGGACUGAUACUUAUGUUGUUUGAUUAAUUUUUGUGCUAAAUAAAGGUUUUAUCUACAGUCAUUUAUGUGUUCAGGAAAAAAAAAAUGAUAAUAAAAAAAUUAUAUAUAUAUACACCGUGUAUAGCAUUUAGUUUCCUCUCUUCUCCCAAAUGUUGCUUAACACAGACAUUACUUCUGAACAAUGUGUAUGUACGAUUUUGUAUGAGGAGCACAAAAUGUUUCAUAUAUUUUUUGAUAAUAAAACUACACCUCAGCGUAACCUAGCUUUCAGUGUGUGACAGCUAUACUGGGCAAGUCUCCAACAUGUAUACAUAUGUGUAAAUAAAAUCUGAUAUUGGAUUGCAUAAACAGCUAACACUACAGAACUAAAUGCCUAGGGUUUAGUGUAUAUAAUAAAUGAGCCCCAGCCUAAACCCAAGGCAUUUAAUUCUGUAAUGUUAUGAGCCCCAGCCUAAACCCAAGGUAUUUAGUUUAUAAAGUAUAA